AUGGAGAGUUUGAGGUUUCAGAUGCUGAUGUUCUACUUGGUGAAUUGGCCUGAUCGCGACAUCCAGCGGUAUUCCUGGCAGGUUAUUAGCCAGACUAUCUCCAUUUUCUGUGCUGUGCUGCUUUUCCAAGGCUGCAAUGGUCUUGUGGAGGAGCACUUCAUCAAAGGCAGCACACCUCCUGUGGAAGUCGCAGUUGACAUGUGUCAAAUGCUCUUCUGGCUCACUUGCAUGCAGAUUGUGCUGGCGAUCACCAGUGGUGCGCUGAGCGAGUACUUUGGCGCCGAGCCGGACCAGGAGAAGGUUGAGCUGAACGUGAAGAGCUGGUCUGUCCUGUUCUCGCAUGUUGCUGGGUUUGCAACUAUCAACGCAUGGGGCUCCAUCCAGCAGGAGUACUUCAGUGGCUCUUUUCUGCAAGCCCUCUUGGUCAUCCCAAUCGGCUACUGCGGUUUGAGCAUCAUAUAUCACUUCUUCGACGUCGUGCGAGAGAAGGUCGCCCACAUGGACGACGAUAAAAAGGACUGGUACGAAGAAAAAUGGGACGAGGAGACGGAAGAGGCGGAGAACGACGUCGCGGGUCUGAGCCUUUCCUUCCUCACCGUGCAGGCCUUACGCUAUGCCAUCAGCGGCAUACUUCCCAACCAGGAGGGCAUUGAGAGCUGGUCUGAUGCCAUUUCGCACUCUUCGAGGCAGUGUCACCUCUUGGUGAGCUGCGGAUUGGUAUUUUUUCUGCUGUCGCUUGCCGUGCUGAACUCCGAACGUUUGUUGGAGGAGCCGUCAAAAAGGAUGGAGAGGGCAAUUGAGAUCCUCAACAACUACUUUACAUUCGGUUUGUCUUGGUCUCUUUUCUAUGGCGUGCGAUGGCAACUGUCCGCUCUGCGUUUUACAGAUGAGAAUGCCCUCUUAAUGGUUUCCAUAGCGCUCUUCCUGUCCGUCGCGUCGUUUCUGAUGAUAUUCGUUCUGGACAAGGUGGAGGACAACCACUUGUUCGGCAAAGACUCUGAGGUUGCGGAGGGGGCCACUGAGAAGAUGAUCUCAGGUCUAGGUAUCCUCAUCGGAUUCUCCUGGGAGCAGAGCUUCGACACGGCAGUCGAUGUCGUGGCAGAGGGGCUCAGGGAGGACUGUCCACCCCUCAUAUCCAAGAUGAUUAUGUCCGUCAUACUAGUCUUGAUCGUAUUCCCAGCCUGGCGGAUCUAUAUUCUGCCAAUGGAAAUGGAGCUCUCGGAGGAAAUGACGGAAGAAGGUGCUCAGAAGGCUGUACUGAAGCAGUAUGCGCAGCAGCAUUUCGACCUAUUUCUGGAAAAAGAGAGGAAUGAGGAUGACUUGGACAGAGCGCACCUUCUCAUGAAGAGGCACAGAAGGACUGCACAUGGUCUACAGCAUCCAGGCCAUGGUGUCCCUUCCGGCUUGAAGCACCUCAUGGUGACAUCAUCCGGGAUCGAGGAGGUGGAUGCGCCAGAAGAACACCACCGACACGAAAAGCAUGGUGUUCGCAGCUCAGUUGUGUUGGCCUUGCAGCUGUCAAGUACACCGUGUUGA